GCCCUCCCCCCGCCGCGCGCCCCCCGCCGGCGCCCGCCCGCCUCCCGCCCCCGCCCGCGGCCUGGCGCGCGCCGCCCUCGCCGCCCGGGUCCGCGCGCCGGAGCCGGGAGCACCAGCCGCCGCCGCGGAGCCGCCCGGCCGCACCAUGCGCGAGCUGGCCCUCGAGAUCGGGGUCCGAGCCCUGCUCUUCGGGGUCUUCGUUUUUACAGAGUUUUUGGAUCCGUUCCAGAGAGUCAUCCAGCCGGAAGAGAUCUGGCUCUAUAAAAACCCUCUGGUGCAGUCAGACAACAUCCCCACCCGCCUCAUGUUUGCAAUUUCUUUCCUCACACCCCUGGCUGUUAUUUGUGUGGUGAAAAUUAUCCGGCGAACAGACAAGACUGAAAUUAAGGAAGCCUUCUUAGCGGUGUCCUUGGCUCUUGCUUUGAAUGGAGUCUGCACAAACACUAUUAAGUUAAUAGUGGGAAGACCUCGCCCCGAUUUCUUUUACCGCUGCUUUCCAGAUGGAGUGAUGAACUCGGAAAUGCACUGCACUGGUGACCCGGAUCUGGUGUCCGAGGGCCGCAAAAGCUUCCCCAGCAUCCAUUCCUCCUUUGCCUUUUCAGGCCUUGGCUUCACAACGUUCUACUUGGCUGGCAAGCUGCACUGCUUCACGGAGAGCGGGAGGGGGAAGAGCUGGAGGCUCUGUGCCGCCAUCUUGCCCCUGUACUGUGCCAUGAUGAUCGCACUGUCCCGCAUGUGUGACUACAAGCAUCACUGGCAAGAUUCUUUUGUUGGCGGAGUCAUCGGCCUCAUGUUUGCCUACGUUUGCUACCGACAGCACUACCCUCCCUUGGCCAACACAGCUUGUCACAAACCCUACGUGAGCCUCCGGGUCCCGACCUCCAUGAAGAAAGAGGAGAGGCCCAUGGCCGACAGUGCGCCCAGCCUGCCUCUGGAGGGCGUCACCGAGGGCCCUGUAUGACUCUUUGGGGAGGAGGGACAUUAGACCCAGGUGCUUCUAACCUGCCAUCUUAACAGCAGAGAAGAGGCUUCUCUGGCGAGUUUCUCAUCAGUCUUUUCUCAAAGUUAUCCUGCUCCCAUUCUGCUGAUGAUGUUCCUGCUACUUAAGUGUCUGCAUCCGACUUUCUUGACUUUGCAAAGGAAGGACCCAGGAACAAUCUCCGAGGGGCGCGUGGAAGGAGGCUGCCAGGGCGGGGUGGGUGCAGCGUGCAGGGCGGUCGACUCCUGUCUCUGAAAUGUUUGCUGUCACAGCCACCUUCCUAUGUCUUCAUGGUUGUAAAACAUAA